GUAUAGAUUCCACGCUGAUGUACUUGCUUACGUUUGUCUGUGAUUUACGCAUAAACUAUGGGUCGAUAAAAAAAAUAUGUUUGAGGAGUGUGAUAUUCGAAGUCAGAGCUUCAUGGCUCUCGGUUUAGAUCAUAUGCACGUGCACAGUUUAUCCGACAGUCGUGAUUCUAGAGAAUGUAGGAUUGCAGAAGUUGCACUUUCUUUACGGUACAAUGGUGCUGACAAGGAGCAUAAGGCUUGAUUUACCAAGCCCGAAUUUAUUCCAGCCUCAAGCAAGGGCCUGAGGGGCUGCUGCCUGGAAAAUAUCUCCUUCAACCCACCUACACCACCACCCCACCUUUUUUUUUUUUUAACACCUAAGCUGCCUUUCUGAUUAUUUAACCCUGACCCUCUCUGCUAAGUCUGUUUUCUGUUUUACCAUUUUUCCUGUCUCUUUCCUAUUCUUCUCUACUUUUUAGCAUUCCAGGUCUAACCACAAAACACAUUAGCUUGUUCUUUCCUUCUUCCCUACUUUUAUUAAUCAUGAGAAAACCGACUUGCAACCUUCUCUUGGUCUGUGUGGCAAUCAGCUCCAUCACAGUGUUCUAUUUUGGUCCAAGCACAAUAGAAUGUCCGAAUUCUCAUGCAGCACAGCAUGUGUGGGCUGCAAGCUUGCAUGCUAGCAGGAAUCUCAGUGAUCCCUUACAGCUCCCUGUGGAGUACAAUGAGGAAACGCCUCUCAUUUUUGUUGGCGGAGUUCCUCGAAGUGGCACCACUCUAAUGCGUGCUAUGUUGGAUGCCCACCCUUUUGUGCGGUGUGGAGAGGAGACCCGUGUCAUUCCCCGACUUUUAGCAAUGAAGGCCUCAUGGAGUAACUCAGCACGUGAGCGGGUCCAUCUCGAUGAGGCCGGUGUCACAGAUGAGGUUUUAGACUCUGCUGUACGUGCCUUCCUGUUGGAGAUUAUUGUGGGGCAUGGUGAGCCUGCCCCGAGGCUCUGCAACAAGGACCCUUUUGCUCUGAAGUCCCUCUCCUACCUCUCCAAGCUCUUCCCAAGGGCGAAGUUCAUCCUUAUGCUUCGUGAUGGAAGGGCCACUGUAGACUCGAUGAUCUCACGCAAGGUGACAAUCUCUGGAUUUGACUUGACAAGUUACCGGGACUGUAUUGUGAAGUGGAACCGGGCGGUAGAAGUGAUGUAUGACCAGUGUCUAGCUGCAGUUGAUGGGAGCUGCCUGCCUGUGUAUUAUGAGCAGCUGGUUCUAUACCCUGAGCAGGUGAUGCGCAGGCUCCUUCAGUUCCUGGGUCUGCCGUGGGACACCGCUGUGCUACACCAUGAACGGCUUAUAGGGAAAGCUGGUGGAGUUUCACUUUCAAAGGUGGAGUUGUCAUCUGACCAAGUAGUGAAGCCAGUGAAUACAGAUGCUCUGUCUAAAUGGGUGGGCAAGAUCCCUGCCGAUGUGGUGAAAGAGAUGGCAAGCCUUGCCCCGAUGCUAAGUCGCUUGGGGUAUGACCCUCUGGCCAACCCCCCAAACUACAACAAGCCUGAUCUUUUAUUCUUGAACACGAAAAGGGUGAGGGUAGACCAAAAUUGAAGGCAACAGAAGAAAUAAAGUUCCUCUUUGUGCAGAACUACCUUGAAGCAAUAAACAAUGUACGUUCUUAAUGAACAUGCAGAAACUUGAAUACUUGAAUUAACAAAGUAAUGUAGAAUGAGGGGGAGGGAGGGGGUACAGCCGUUUUAAUGAUAGAAAUGUGUUCAAUACAGAAGUGUGGGGAAAGAUAUAGUUGUAUACUAUACUGUUUUAAAGGAUCAUUCUUGCUGGUAUUUGUCAAUGCACCACUGCUUAUGAUGAGCUUGUGCCAACUCUUUCUUACAACACAGAAUAUAAAAUUAUAACCUGUGAAAUGUAAGUUCUCUGUUUUUCAUGUAAUUGUUCUGUAACAUUUUUGUUAUUGUUAAAAAAACAAAAAGCUACAUUGAGAAGUGUCAAUUACUAAUGACUAAAUUGGUUUUUUGUUCUUGUACGUGUUAAUGUGUGCUCAUUGUGCUACAAAUUAAUGUAAUGAGGGUGAUUGUUUAUCACGGUGAAACUUUUUUUUUAUUAUUAUUAUUCUGUGUUGACUGCAGGAGGUGGGGAAGACCAUCUUCUCUAUAGUUGUGUCUAUAAAACUGGUUCCUAAUAAAAAAAGUUGCAUAUUUCUUAAA